GGUGAUCUGGUGAGUUCACGUUGAAAAAUAAACCCGUUCCAAUUUGAAUUUUCUGACAAGCUAAGUAGAACCUGAAAAAACGUAAAAAAAACAUGUUUUCGAAGCAACAAGUUGUUGCCCUCCGAGUGCGGCGAUUCCAACGGUCAAAAUUGUCCACAAACUCACCACCGGAUCGUCCAAAAAAUGACCGAGUCACACUCCGAGUCGGUCUCUGAAUUAUCCAUUAACAAUAACAACGAGAACAAGGGCAGCCUUCCCGAAAUCCCAAUCGACGUCGUCAGCGAAGAAGAAAUGGCUCUGCUCGAAGCUGCCUUGGCCUCUGCUCGAUCUUCUUUCCCGUCCUCGGUUGUUCCUGCAAUUCACUCCUCUCACAUCCACAGCAACGUUAGGUCCAUCCAUUCAAUCACCGUUCUAGCAAAGAGGCGAUUUUCGGGUUUGUCAGAACCUGACAUAGAAGACUCAGCUAAUUUCGCGAAUACCCAGAAGAAGAACGGGGUUACCGACUCGUUUUUCCUUCGGUUUAGGAAGAAGAAGGGCUUGUCUGUCACCGAUAUCACUGCCACGGAGAGUGAGGGAUUGAAAGUGCUUCAGAUACUGGGACGGUCGAUUCUCCUGCAGGUUAUGGCUAUGGUUGCCAAAGAAUGGUGUGAAAAACAAAUGGAGUUUGUUCUCCUUGGCAAGAGAAAAAUCAACAAGGCUAUGAGAAAAGGUAGUGCUCGCCAUGCAAAACUUGAAGAAGAGGUUGUAAAAAAAGUUAAGGUUCAUGUAGAAUCAGUUGAAGAUAGAUGGGCUCUAACUCUUCUUAAUUUCAUAAUUGGUGUAAAUCAAUUAUUAUUUGAAGGAUUGACACGUGAGCUUCCACUAAUAAGUUUUGUAGAAGGUGUUUGGAUGGUGGGAGUGAUUGAUGAGAUCCGGAUGUCUAAAACAGAGACUGAUAAAAACCCUUUACUAGUUGACACGAAGACUCGUGUACGAGAAACACUUCCUGCUGAACCACAACGAAGAAAUGGCAGGCUUCAAUUAAUGUGCUACAAGCAUAUGUGGGACAGUUUAGUCACUGAUAAAUUCCCAUCUAGAAAGUUUUUUGAUUUCUUUUCCUUGAAUCCUUAUUCUAUCUUAUCUGAAGAUAUCAGAGAAAGAACUGCAUACUCAGGAUUCCCUUCAAAGACCCUUGAUGAUGUAGUGGGAUACUAUAUAGAGGCAUGUCACAUUCUGCCCCUUGCUCAUGACCAGCUAUUAUUGAGAUAUGAGUUUCAGAAGGAUGAGUCCGUACUUGGUGAAGAUCGAUUUCCACAUGAUCCUAUUUGGCUCAAGAAACAAAUUCAGGUUUGUCUGGAGUUCUGGCUAGGUGAGCGAGAAGCUAGUUACACGCCGGAGGAAGAGCGUUGGAAAUGCCGGUUCUGUCGAUAUGCAUCUGUCUGUCCUACAAAUGCAAACCUUGAUAGUCGUACUUCAAGCCCUACAAACUCGGACACCAAGUAAAGCACCACUCGAGAUGACACACGGGCAACUUCUUAUGCUGUUUUCAAUCGGUUUCCUGAUUUCCACUGAAUCGGGACAUGCAACCUUUGCACAAAGAAGCAUCAUUUGUUUUUUCUCAGUUGAUUCCUUGUGCUAUAUUGAUGAUGGGGUUGCCAUAUGUUGUAAUGUAUAGUAGGAUGGAUUCUCGUAUUGCAUCAUUCAUGCAUGAAAUUUAUCUUGUGUAAUGCAUUGUUGUGAAAUUCAAUAUUCAAUAAUAUAAAUCAUUUUUUAUUUUUGAUUUA